CUUAAUUGAAAGAAAUGCACGAGGAGGAAAAGAAGUAAGACGGACACUAAAAAUAGAGCCAGUCUGUACUUCUGUACAGCCAAAGUCUGCUGUGUCUAUUGCUGCAUCUUUCAUAAAAACAAGCCCCUCUGAGUGAAAGUCCCUUUUGUCCACCGGGAGCCUUCAGUCGACAAAUGCGUCAUCCUGAACCUCCAAAGUAUUUCUGCUCGCAAUAUUUUCCCACAUCACUCAAAUACCUGCCUGUGUCCGCGACAGCUCGCUGGGUUUGCCUCCUCAGCUUCUCCUGCACACGCGGAGCAUCAAACAGAAGAAGAAGGGCCAUUGGCUCUGAGUUGAUGACGGCGAGAGCGCACUCUUCUCCAGGAGCGCAUAUUUAGCCUUUAUUUGUCUGACUAACGCUCUGCAUCUCCGUCCUGUGGGAUGACAUUACAGUGCAAGGACUGAGAUUCGCAUUUAUGCGGCCACUUUGUUUGCUGAUAUUUAUUUUUGUUUAAUUUUGGAGGCGGAGAGCGCGUUUACUGUCCAGGAGCGCGCGGCGUGGCACACGCUGGAACAAAAAAAAACAGCUCAGUGCAGCGCAGGCAGGUUUCCCUUUUAAAAGCAGCAGGACAGGCAGGAGAGUUACGGAGUCUUCUCGGGGGAGCGGUGUCUGUGCAUGACAGAGACGGACUCUAAAAGAAGACGAAGAAGAAGAAAAAAAUCGGGAUACUGAGCAGAAAUCGGCAGCGGGAACUUGGAUAUGGCGCCUGUGAAGACGUUCGACCUUUUUGUUGGAGUUGUUUUAGUUUUGCAGUGUGUGUGGAAUGUGCAAGCCGAGAUCACAGCCAGUAACGGGGUCCCAUACUCAUACGUGCAGGAGCAGGCGAGAGAUGAGGAUACAGCUGUUGACGUGAAGCUCUACAGUCACCGGUGGAGGAGAUGGCUCCCCCCAAAGUCUCGUAACAUGGACAGUAACAGAGCCAGUCAGGAGCAGGACCAGGAGCGUGAACAGGAGGAGCCUGAAGGCUUCCCAGGCCUGGUUUCAGCAGAGGAAGCAGACAACAGCUCCCAGAUAGAGGAGGAUACAGAUCACAACUACUACACAUCAAAAACGUACGGCCCUUCAGAUCCGAUGAGCAAGGACUUGUGGGUAAAUAUCGACCAGAUGGACAAGGACAAAGUGAAGAUCCACGGCAUUCUGUCCAACACACACAGACAAGCUGCAAGAGUUAAUCUGUCCUUCGAUUUUCCUUUUUACGGACAUUACCUGCGUGAAAUCACAGUGGCGACCGGUGGGUUCAUCUACACUGGUGACGUGGUCCACCGGAUGCUAACAGCUACACAGUACAUUGCUCCGCUAAUGGCUAACUUUGACCCAAGUCUCUCCAGAAACUCUACCGUCAUCUACUCUGACAACGGAACUGCUCUGGUUGUGCAGUGGGACCACGUCCAUCUGCAGGACAACUACAGCCUGGGAAGUUUCACCUUCCAGGCCACAUUGCACAAGACUGGUAGGAUCGUCUUCGCCUACAAAGAGAUCCCCGUUGAGGUGUCACAGAUCAGCUCUGUCAAUCACCCGGUGAAAGUUGGCCUGUCUGACGCCUUUGUGUUGGUCCACAAGAUCCAGCAGAUACCCAAUGUGAGGCGGAGGACGAUCUAUGAGUACCACCGUGUAGAGCUGACUAAGACAAAGAUCACCAACUCUACAGCUGUGGAAAUGAUGCCUUUACCCACCUGCUUGCAGUUCACCAGCUGUAGCUCCUGCAUCUCCUCACAGAUCAGCUUCAACUGUAGCUGGUGCCAUCGGCUCAACAGAUGUUCCACUGGCUUUGACCGCCAUCACCAGGACUGGAUGGACAGUAGCUGCCCAGAUGAGACCAAGGACAAGAUGUGCGACAUCGCAGACACUACGUACCUUUACCCUUUCACCACCACGGUUGCUGCCAAAACAACACCCAAGGGGAAGGAGGCCACUGCAGGCAGGGAAACACCCUCCACCUCCCACCCUCCCACCAGCGUCCCCACUGAAGAUGACACCAAGAUCGCUCUGCAUCUCAGAGACAACCAGGUGAUGCCAGCUGACAGUGCUGUAGACAGGGUGAAAGGCACUCAUCCUCUUCACACUGGUUUGAUCCUGGGCAUCUUGCUGGUGAUGCUUAUCAUGAUUGCAGGCGUGCUGAUCACAGUCUACAUCUACCAUCACCCGACCUCUGCAGCCAGCCUCUUCCUUAUCGAGAGACGUCCGAGCAGGUGGCCUGCCAUGAAGUUUCGCCGGGGGUCGGGUCACCCAGCCUACGCGGAGGUGGAGCCAGUGGGCCAGGAGAAGGAGGGCUUCAUCGAGUCCGAGCAGUGCUGAGGGAGGAGGAGGCAUCCACAUCCCUACCUCCCCUCCGCAGCCUCCCUCCUGUGCUAGCCCUCCUCUCUCCUGCUCCACGGGGACUUCUGACCUGGAACCUCCAGGAUGCACUUAUCGGUGGAGGAGCUCAGUGUACACAAUGACUCGUUAAGACUGUACAAUCGGCCCAUUGAGCGCUAGAUGAGACUGGAUACAGUAACCGGUGACAUGAGAAAGCGAGACACCCCUGAAGACUAUCCCCAGACAUACCCACUGUUCAGCUCCCGUUAGCAAGGAGCUGAGCUGCCGGGGGGCAGAGGGAGGGAACAGCGCAGACGUCAUCGACUCUGCAUUCGUUAAGCGUUUUUACGACUGCUAUCGCGUUGCCAUGGUGGGACUGUACAGCUUGACUGAUAGCCGUGUGUCUGGUUGGGUUGGGGAGCAGGGUGAAUUAUACAAUAUAUAUUUUCAGAAUCAAUACAGAGUGUGUGAACAAAGAUGUCCACUUUAUUGUCCAUGGGGGUUACACAUUAUAGGCCUUUGCAUAUCCAUCAGGUUUUUCCUUCUUUUCCUUUUCCUUUCUCUAUGUUUUCACAGGGGUUGGCGCAUUUAUCUGUACAGACCGUCGGUAUUGCUUUUCAAUACCAUAGCAGGCUUAAUUGACUUUUCCACAGUCCACUCUGCACAGAGAGGCUGUGGCUGCGUGAUAUGACGCAAGCUGAACUCGAUCGAUCACAGCUGGGAGUAAAGCUCUGAACAUUCGGCAUGGGUGUUGAAUUAGUUUGUGAUUUUUGGGGGCUGGUUUCAUUUUGUGAAAAUGAAGUAUAAGGUGGGGGGUUUUUGUUGUUGUUUUUUUUAAUGGGUGAUGGACACUAUCCUUCCCUUUUGCAUUGAUUUCUUUACUGCCGUGCCAUUUCGUCCCUGAGUAGAGUUUGCACUUCUUCUUUUUUUUUUUUCUCAUUCGACAUGUGGUACUAAUGCAAAAUUACAAGACAGGCGCUUGUGAGUGUGAAUAUAUUUUCUGGAGUGUAAGUGAUUCUCGUGUGUGAAUACAGAAGACAGUAUACAGUAGUGAUUGGAUAUCCACCUGCUAUAUGGCUGCAUAUAUUUGAGCUGGCUCUUAUUGAUUUUACUUAGAAGUAUCUGGAUACAGUGCUUGAGCCAGAAAACACACUGGUCUGAUUGGAGAUUUGAUUCACUUUUACAGUGUCGGUUUAUUUUCCAGUUGUUGCCAAGCGUAACCAGUUCUGUGUCCACAUUUAAUAGCUGUCAUGUCACCGUAGUAAUGUAUAUACCAAGGCCAAAACAUUUGCAGAUUCAGGUAACUCAUGGCAAACAUUUGCAGUAUAGCAGUGAUGAGACUCUUCUUUUCUUAUUUUUUAUGAGUGGCCUUUUUUUCUCUACUUUUUUACUUAAAUGUGAAUAUUGUUCUAGUCAUUGCUGUCACAACAAUUCACUCAUUUCAAGAGAAAAUCAUGUUUUACACCAAUGAUUGUAGACUCAUUUAUACAAACUAGAGCUCAAAAUCCUGGAGUUUUACUGAAUAAUAAAAUGUGCAAUAUUA